AUGGGGACGAUUGGGUGGAGUAACGACGACAGAGCCAUGGCGGCUACUGUUCUAGGCGCAAAAGCCUUCGAUUACCUAAUGUCGAGCUCGGUCUCAGCCGAGUGCUCCCUGAUGGCCAUGGGCAACGACGAGAAUCUCCAGAACAAGCUCUCCGAUCUGGUCGAGCACCCAAACCCCGCCAAAUUCAGCUGGAACUACGCCAUCUUCUGGCAGCUCUCCAAGUCCAAAUCGGGCGACCUCGUCCUCGGUUGGGGAGAUGGCUGCUGCCGUGAGCCAUUGGAGGAUGAGGAGUCUGAACACACCCGAGCCAUGCUCGAGAACGAGGCCCAGCAGAGAAUGAGAAAGAGGGUCCUGCAGAAACUACACACCCUCUUUGGCGGCUCAGAUGAGGACAGCUAUGCCUUCGGCCUGGAUCGAGUUACCGACACUGAGAUGUUCUUUCUCGCGUCAAUGUAUUUCUCCUUUCCCUGCGGAGAAGGCGGGCCCGGAGCCUGUUUUGGGUCCGGCCGCCACUUCUGGCUCACCGAUUCCGAUUAUUGCGUCAGGUCUUUCCUCGCAAAAUUGGCGGGCAUGAAGACGAUUGUGUUAGUCCCGACCAAUGUAGGCGUAGUCGAGUUAGGGUCCGUCAGGCGCGUUCCGGAGAGCGUGGAGCUCUUGAAUGCGAUUGGCUCCACAUUUUCGUCGUCCAAUAAGAGUGAUCCGAAAAACAAGGUAAUAAUAAGCACACAGAAUAUUCCCAAUAAGGUUUUCGGGCAGGACUUGAAUUUUUCGGGCAGCGGGGGGCAUUUUCGGGAGAAGGGCUUGUUGUCGUGGGUUGCAGGAGCAAAUGGGAACAGGCCGCCACCGUUUCUAAACGCUCGUAAAGGAGGUUUCCACUGUGCAACACAGCCGACUCCAAUUCAGGUAAAAAAUCCUCCCCCCAAUAUGGAAAAGGAUUUCAGGAUGCAAAUCGACUUCAGCGCAAAUGCUUCGAGGCUGGAGUCGGAGCACUCAGACGUGGAGGCCACCGGGCGCUCAGAGAACAAACGGCCCAGAAAGCGCGGCCGGAAGCCCGCCAACGGGCGGGAGGAGCCCCUAAACCAUGUUGAAGCCGAGAGGCAGAGACGCGAGAAGCUGAACCAGAGGUUCUACGCGCUUCGGGCAGUUGUACCCAACAUCUCGAAAAUGGACAAGGCAUCCCUGCUUGGGGAUGCCAUAGCCUACAUAACCGAGCUCCAGAAGAAACUGAAGGAUAUGGAAGGCGAGAGGGAUGAACACGUGGAGCCCAGUGACUCAACAAACAGUGUGUCUGAGAAUGUGAGGAUUGAUAUCGAGGAGGACUGUGAUGAGGUGACUGUGAGGGUAAGUUGUGCAUUGAGUGCCCACCCGGCCUCGAGGCUGAUACAGGCAAUAAAAGACGCGCAAGGGAUGAUUAUCGAGGCAAGAAUGGCGAUUGGGAGUGAGAAAGUGUUCCACACUUUUGUGGUGAAGUCGUUGGGAUCUGAGAGGCUGACUAAGGAGAAGCUGACUCAGGCAUUGUCGUUUGGGUGCAACUCCUCGUCGUAA